CUACUUUGCAUGUGCCGUGUGUAAACAAGUCAUUUAGAAUAAAGAAUUAUUUAAACAAUUAUAUAGUUAUUGAAACAGGAAACGAACCUCGUGUGUCAGGUAGACAAGAAGCCAUUUAGACAGUAUGGUUUCUUACACAAGCAACUGCAUAUACAUACCAGAGAUAAAACUUGUGCAUGAUGGUCAUAUAAGAAUGGGAAGUCAUCUAAGAAUUCAUAUGGAAUUCUUAAACAUGAAUGGCAUGUUUAAGGCAUAUUCAUUGCACCUUAAACAUGAAUAAGUUUAUACGUGCAGGAAAGAAACCUUAUGUGUGUCGUAUGUUAUAAGUCAUUUGCUCUAAAAGGCAAUUCAAACAAGCAUAUGCUUCUGCACACAGGAGAGAAACCUCAUGUGUCUGAGGUACGUAACAAGUCAUUUGCUCAAAAAAGUCAUUUAAACGAGCAUAUGCUACUGCACCCAGGAGACAGACCUCAUGUGUGUGAGAUAUGUAACAAGUCAUUUGCUCAAAAAUGUGAUUUAGACACACAUAUACAUAUUCACACAGGAAACAAACCUUAUGUGUAUGAGGUAUGUGCGAAGUCAUUUACUCAAAAAUCUGAUUUAAAGAAGCAUAUACUUUAUCACACAGGAGGUAGACCUCAUGUGUGUGAGGUAUGUAACAAGUCAUUUACUCGGAAAGAUAAUUUAAAUAGGCAUAUGCUUUUCCACACAGGAGAGAAACCCCAUGUGUGUGAUGUAUGUAACAAGUUAUUUGCUCGGAAAGCUCAUUUAAACAGGCAUUUGCUUCUUCACAAAGAUGACAAACCUCAUAUGUGUGAUAUAUGUAACAAUUCAUUUACUAGGAAAGCUUAUUUAAACAGGCAUAUGCUUCUUCACACAGGAGAGAGUCCUCAUGUGUGUGAGUUAUGUAACAAGUUAUUUGCUGAAAAAAGUGAUUUAGACAAACAUAUACUUAUUCACACAGGAGAGAAACCUUAUUUGUGUGAGGUAUGUGCGAAGUCAUUUACUCGAAAAUCUCAUUUAAAGAAGCAUGUACUUUAUCACACAGGAAAUAGACCUCAUGUGUGUGAGGUAUGUAACAAGUCAUUUGCUCAAAAAUCGGAUUUAAACAGACAUAUACUUUAUCACACAGGAACGAAACCUUAUAUGUGUGAGGUAUGUGCAAAGUCAUUUACACAAAAAUCUGAUUUAAAGCAGCAUAUACUUUAUCACACAGGUGAUAGACCGCAUGUGUGUGAGGUAUGUAACAAGCCAUUUACUCGGAAAGCUGAUUUAAACAGGCAUAUGCUUCUUCACACAGGAGAUAGACCUCAUGUGUGUAAGGUGUGUAACAAGUCAUUUACUGUGAAAGCUCAGUUAAACGAGCAUAUGCUUCUUCACACAGGAGAGAGACCUUAUGUAUGUGAGGUAUGUAACAAGUCAUUUGCUUGGAAACGUGAUUUGAAAAGGCAUAUGCUUUUUCACACAGGAGAGAGACCUCAUGUGUGCGAGUUAUGUAACAAGUCAUUUUCUCAAAAAUAUUAUUUAAACAGACAUUUACUUAUUCACACAGAAAAGAAACCUUAUGUGUGUGAGAUAUGUGCAAAGUCAUUUACUCAAAAUUCUGUUUUAAAGAAGCAUGUACUUUGUCAUACAGGAGAGAAACCUUAUGUGUGUGAGGUAUGUAACAAGUCAUUUACUCGGAAAGAUCAUUUAAACAGGCAUAUGCUUCUUCACACAGGAGAGAAACCUCAUGUGUGUGAGGUAUGUAACAAGUCAUUUCCUUGUAACUAUACUUUAAUCAACCAUAUGCUUCUUCACACAGGAGAGAAACCUUAUGUGUGUGAUGUAUGUAAUAAGUCAUUUACUCAAAAAUCUAGUUUAAAAAAGCAUCUACUUUAUUCACCCCAGAGGGAAACUUCAUAAGGUAGCUGUGUAACAAAUCACUUGGGUUAUAGAAAAAUUGGAAAUCUCACCGUCAACGCAUAAUAAGAAGGCUAAUGUUUUUAGUGGAAAAGUUAGAUUAAUAAGAACCUUUGUUUAUGUGUGCAAUAAAUACCUGUCCGUGCUAU